AUGUUAUAACUCUUUGAUGUGAUCAAACAAAUAACUUCAAAAUUGAGAUAAAAUAAAGUAAUUUACUUUGACUUAAUAAUAGGAAGGCACUUAAGCUGAUCAAUUGUAAAAUAAUUUGAUUUUAGAAUCUUUUUUAUUGGGGUAUUUGUAAGGGGGAAGUCUAUCAUCAAAAUUAUUUCAUUAGCAUUUAGAUAUAUUUGUGAGUUUGAAAUUGUUGGUAGAUUGUUAGAUCAUCAAUCAAGAAAGGCUAGAUAAGUUAUAUGGCGAUUCUAUUUUACGAAAAAAGGAUGUAAUGUUUAAAUAUUAAAUAUAGCUACUCAAUCUAUAUAAAGAAGUUUAAGAUGAAAUAUUUGAAAUAUUGGAAAAUAACUAGAUUGACUAGAAUAGAAAAGAAAUAUUUGAAUCUUAAUGGGAAAUAAUUCAGAAACCAUCCCCUACGUCUUUAAAUAAUGAACAAUAAUUAGCUGUUUCUGCAAUUUAUUAGCAGUUUCGGUAAGAAAAUGAAGAUCCAGAAAAAAGUCUUGCAUUAACCAUAUAACAAAUUGAAGAGAAUAAUGAAAAUCAACUAGAUAUCGAAUGCAAAAUCUGCUUCGAAAAAAUUCCAAUUCUAGAGAAGGUAAUAUUGUGUUGCUCUCACUAUUUUCAUAAGAGUUGCUUAAAAUCACAUUACAUCACUUACCUAAAAUAACAAUCAUUUCCAAUUUAGUGUCCUUCAGGAUGCAAAUAAAUUAUAACUUUUAGAGAUCUAGAAACAGUCCUCGAUUAACCAGGAUUACAGGAAUUUAAAAUUUAAUAUUUAAAAACUUACUUGAGUCGUCAAAAAGAAGUAUAGAUUUAUUUUAUGAUAAGUAUUCGUGCUGCCCAACAGCUGAUUGUGCGUAUUUUUUUAUUGCAGGUGAUAAUCCGCAUUUUGUUUGCCCUGUUUGUGAUAAAGCGUAUUGUUUAGAAUGUAAAAUUGAAUAUCAUAAUAAACAUUCAUGCUAGGAAUAUAGAGAUAAAUUAAUGACAAAAUCUGAUGAGGCUAAAUUUUAAAAUUUUGUAAAAGAAGCGAAUUAUAAAUAAUGUCCAAAUUGUAAGGUUUGGAUUGAAAAAAAUAAAGGUUGUGAUCAUAUGAUUUGCAAAUGCAAAUUUGAAUUUUGUUAUAAUUGUGGAGGGGAAUAUAAUAAAUGUAAAUGCAAGAAUAAUACAUAUUUACGGGCUUUUAUUAAUUUUUUUAGUUUGAAUGGCUGA